AUGAUUUCAGAUAAAGAUGAGUGUAAAGAUGGCGAGAACGCUUGUAAUAGUCAAAUUGAGGUUUGCGUGAACACGCUCGGAAGUUAUCAAUGCGAUUGUAAAUAUGGUCUCAUCAAGGAGGGAGAUACUUGUGUUGAUCGUAAUGAAUGUCAAGAUGGAAGUAACAAAUGUUUGAAGAACAGUGUUUGUGUGAAUACAUUCGCAUCAUAUCGAUGUGUCUGUGAAAAUGGCUUCAAAGCUAAGCCAGGCACACAUCCACUGAGACCCACUUGUGAACGUGAGGAUGUAUGCCAGAAACUGCCGACAGUAUGUCUACCAGGACGUUGUGAAAACACCGAUCAAGAUCCAUACUUCAGAUGCUAUUGUCCUCCAACAGCUGUAGCCAUUGGUCAAACCAAGUGUGUUCAUCCGAACUAUUGCGAUGCCACGUUCCCAUGUCCACAGUUCGCAGAUUGUGUGAACAAUCAAUGUGCUUGUCGUAACGGUUACAGAUGGCAAGAAACAUCGGACUUCCCAGUUACUGUGGAAUCGCUGAGAACUCGACCACCUUGUCAAGAGAUAAAUCCAUGUGCUGAAUCGGAGCCAUGCGUUUCGCCACUGAAAUGCGUCCAUACUGGACCCGGUAGACACCUGUGUGAAUGUCCGAAAGGUUUUGAGUUCAUGUCCGGUGAAUGUAUCGGUAAUAUUUCAUUGCAUUCAUUAGCUUAUUGCUUCAUUUCAACGCUUAAUAUCCUU